AUGUCCGUCGACGGUCAACAAUCUUUUCAUCCUCGAUCAUUCGACAUAACAAUCGGUGGUGUCUUUACUGAUCGCGACGAAGGCACUGACAGACAAAGUAUGGAGAGUAUAUUCAAAUAUGCCAUCUUCCACUACAAUCGUUUGGCGAAAGACGCGCACAAUCUAUCAUUUAAAAUUCGCAUUCAAGAAGAAACAUUGAGUCUGAUUGCGGCGGAUUCAGCAGUUCAAACUGUACAAGAUGUUUGUUCGCUUAUUCAUCUACGUCGUGUUCAAGGUAUAUUUGGUCCACCAUAUUCAGAAAUUGCUACUCUCGUGCAUUCAAUUUGUCACCAUGUCGAUAUUCCAUUCAUCAAUGUUUGUUCGUCAUGUUACGCAGCUGAAGACACUAACACGGAUGAUAUGGGCAAUGAAAUUGAGGAUAAGUCCAGAUCAGACCGUAUGUCAAUCAAUCUCUAUCCGUCCGAUGACGACUUAAAUUUUGCAUUUCAUAAUUUAACACAUAAACUUCAUUGGCAAAAGUUUCUGAUUAUCUACGAUGUUGAUUCAGGUUUAACACGUUUGCAAAGAUUAUUGGCAGAUCCAGGUAUUGACCAAACUGAUAUACUCGUACGACAAUUUACGCAUUACAAAGAUCGAAGUGUCCUUAUUGAUGCUAUCGGACGAGACAUCUUCAACAUUAUCCUCGAUUUAAAUGAUAUUAAUACACAAAUAAUAUUAAAAAUGGCAUUACAAAUGGGCAUGAUCAAUUCAAAUUAUCAUUAUUUAUUGACAACAUUAAAUGCUGAAACGUAUGAUCUCGAAGAUUUUAAAUAUAAUUUUGUUAACUUGACUGCAUUUCGCUUGUUCGAUCGUCGACAUGGACGUGUACAAAUGGCAAUGGAUUCAUUUUUCGCAUUCAAAACCAUACCGAACAACGAAACCAAUCGUCGUCUUUUCACAACUUCUGUGGCAUUGUGGACUGAUGCACUAUUGGCGUUCGCCUAUGCGUACGAUAAAUUGAUUCAAUCGCGUUUGAUUCUCGGUGAAGACAUCAUCCGACCUAAUGUUUCAUGUGUUGACGCACGUAGCUGGCCAUUGGGUAUUGAUUUACAUUCAAAAUUUAAACAAAUAGCAUUUGAUGGUAUAACCGGUAAAGUACAAUUCACUUCCGAAGGUGAACGGACUGGAUUUAACCUGGAUAUUCUGCAUUUAUCCGAGCAUGGUCUAGCUAAAAUUGGUGUAUGGUCACGUGAGUAUGGUGCAAAUUAUACUCUAGCCGCAUCCUCACGUCGCGAACUAUUCAAUUCGACAUUGAUCGUCACCACUAUAGUUGAACCUCCCUAUGUCAUGUUUAAAAAUAGUCAGAAUAUCAGCGAAGCUUUGAGUCGAAAUUAUACCAAUCAUGAAUUCGAAGGCUUCUGCGUCGAUUUACUAGAUGAACUGUCACGCGCAUUAAAAUUUCGUUACAAGAUUAAGCCAAUUUUGACGGAUCGUUAUGAUGACAUGGUUGAUGAAGUCAAAAAUAAAAUUGCGGAUUUAGCUGUCGCUCCAUUAACCAUUAACUAUGCACGUGAAAAACAAAUCGAUUUUACUAAACCAUUUCUGAGUUUGGGUAUUGCGGUUCUAUUCAAAUUACCCAAACCCGAAAAGCCAGGUCUAUUCAGCUUCCUCAGUCCAUUAUCACUCGAAAUUUGGAUAUAUACAUUUGCUGCUGUGUUCACUGUUAGUUUUAUUCUUUUACUCAUUGCUCGAUGUUCACCUGAUGAAUGGCGAAAUCCGUAUCCGUGUGAUACAGAAUAUGAUUAUCUAGAAAAUCGUUUUACCGUCAGUAAUACACUGUGGUUUUCAAUUGGUACACUCAUGCAACAAGGUUCUGAUGUAAGUCCAUCCGCAAUAUCUACUCGACUUGUUUCUGGUAUAUGGUGGUUUUUCACAUUGAUCCUCAUAUCAUCCUACACGGCUAACUUAGCGGCAUUUCUAACUGUGGAGAAACUUGUUAAUCCUAUCGAAAGUGCUGAUGACCUAGCUAAGCAAACAAAAAUCAAAUACGGUGUUGUCCAAGGAGGUUCAACUGAGCAAUUUUUUCGAGAAUCAAGUAUUCCAACGUAUCAAACGAUGUGGAAGUAUAUGACUAGCAAUCCCGAUGUAUUCGUAAAAGACAAUAAAGAGGGUGUCGCUCGUGUUAGGGACGAAUCCUAUGCGUUCCUCAUGGAAUCCACAACGAUUGAAUACACAGUUCAACGGGAAUGUAACUUAACUCAAAUCGGAGGUUUACUGGAUAAUAAAGGUUACGGUAUUGGAUUACCAGAAGGGAGUCCGUAUCGAGAACGUUUUUCGGAAAUAAUUCUUGAUUUACAAGAAAAGGGUAUUAUCCAAAAAUCUGUCAACAAAUGGUGGAAAGGAAAAGGAACCUGUUCAUCGGAAAAGAAGGAUUCCAAGGCAAACCCAUUGGGCGUCACUAAUGUCGGCGGUAUAUUCGUCGUACUGCUCGGUGGCGUUGUUCUAUCCUUAUUUGUCGCUGUUCUCGAAUUUCUGUGGCAUGCAAGAAAAAAUCAUGCCAAUCGACAACAUUCGAUAUGGUGGGAGUUAAUCAAAGAAUUUCGUUUCUCUAUCCAAUGUGGUGCUUCAAAUCGUAAAGCAUUAGCGACCCGCCGUUGUUCUCAAUGUACGAACGAUCAAGAAGAAAUGGAACCUGUGACAACAACCGGAUCGCAUCUUCUUCAUCCGCCAAGCAAUCGUUCGUCUGUUGCAUCAAAUAGUUAUAUGACAACGCUACAGCCGUUGAGACAUCGAUCAGCAUUAGAACGAACGUCCGAUCUUGAUAAGUUCGAUACAUUAUUAAUGCUUGCUGCGGACCGUACCAGUCGUCACAAUACGCAUCACAAAGACCAUCAACACUCCCGUUGUUCAUCAUCGUCCUUGCAGAGAAGACCUGUUCCUUUAUUAAUCAUCGAACAACAACCAUCCAAUCAUAGUUUGCAUGAUGAUUCUCAUCAUCUACGGUCUAAAAAAAAUCAAGAUUCGUCGGUACGAAGUAGUUUACAAAUUCCUAAUUCUGAAGACGAUAAUAUUAGUCGGAAUAGUACUGAUGCUUCUUCUGGUUCCAUAUCGUCAACGAACCCUCGUCUUCCUUUGCGUGUUUCUCGAUUGUGA